AUGGGAGUAAUUAAGAAGACUACGGGACUUGUGGGUUUAGCAGUCUCUCCGAACCCACAUCACACCCUGGGAUCUCUGUAUGGGAAAAUACUACGUACCCUACAAAAGAUGCCAGAACAAUCUGUAUAUAGAAAAUAUACCGAACAAAUUGUUAAGGAGAGAGCCGCUGUCUUAAAGCAGACUAAGGAUGUUUAUGAAAUUGAAACCAAGAUCAACUGUGGGCAAGCUGAAGAACUUAUUGUCCAAGCAGAGAAUGAGUUGAACCUGGCUCGUAAAAUGUUGAACUGGAAGCCGUGGGAACCUCUUGUCGCUAAGCCACCUAAGGGCCAAUGGGACUGGCCGCCAACCAAGUCAUAA